AUGCUAGUUAGGAAUUUGUUGUUUACACUGGCUGCUAUUUUAUGUAAUGUGUCUGCAAGCGCCGACUUGAGGGAAUCUGUUGCUGUUGGAAUUGAUCUGGGAACAACCUAUAGCUGUAUAUCUGUAUAUAGUCCAUCUCUGAAAGACACAAAAUUUGUCCUCUCUGCCAGUGGAGAGGAGACAUACCCGUCUGUUGUGUACUUCAAGAAGCUGGAAGAGGGAGAUGGAAAGAAAUCGAAAUAUGAAGCCAUAUCUGGGUGGCCAGGAUUACAAAUGUAUAAUGCUGAGGGGAAUGCAAAUUCCUACUUCUAUGCUUUCAAGAGAGGGAUGGGAAUUGAAGAUCUUGCAAAUAUCGACAAAAAGGUUGAAGAUAUCAAGCGAAAUGCAUCUGUGCCUAUAUUUGUAGAGAAUGUUGGAGGAAAGAGAAGAGUGGCAUACAAGAUCCAAGAGAAUGGGCAAGAAGGCUAUGAGUCUGUAACACCUGAGGAGCUCUCGAGCCAUGUUCUGCGCAUGCUGAAGGAUCAAAUUCUAAAGGAAUAUAAGAUUCAGGGAAUAACAAUCACGGUUCCUGCUUACUUUGAUCUGAACCAGGUUGCAGCAACUGUAAAGGCAGCAGAGAUGGCAGGGCUUCCGACACCCAUGAUUUGGAAGGAGCCGUCUGCAGCAGCAUUUGCUCAUACAUACGACCUUAUUAGGAAAGGAAUUACAACUAAAGAAGAGGUUGAUGACAUGAACAUCUGCGUAUUCGAUCUCGGUGGUGGUACAUUUGACGUUUCUAUUGUGGAGUCAUCUGGAGGAUUCAUGAUGGUCCCAAGUUACGGGGGAAACAACUUCCUUGGUGGUGAGAAUGUCAACGACAACCUCACAAAGCACUUUGCCAACUAUAUUAAGAGCAGUACAGGGUUUGAUGUGAUGGAAAACCAAAAUGUCAAGCUCAGGCUAAGAAAUCUCGUCGAAGAAAUGAAAAGAGAUAUUUGUGACGAAGUUCGCAAUUCACCAGGGAGGAAAGCAAACCCUUCGAUCAGUAAGAGCUUUAUUUAUGACGGAGAAAAGUCCAUAACUUUGGAGCUCACAAAUGAGAAAUUCAAUGAACUAAACAAAGACUUCUAUUCUAAGAUCAGAAGUACCAUGGAUUUGCUACUAUCCGGAGACGGAAAAGAGAAUAAGGGAUACGACAAGAGUCUCAUCAACCGAGUAUUGCUUGUUGGUGGGUCUACAAGAAUUCCCAAGGUAAUUGACAUUGUCGAAGAGAUUUUUGGAGCAGACAAGAUACACUAUGAAGGUGUUAAUGCUGACACAAUAGUUGCUAGGGGUGCAGCCUUGUACACUGCCAACGAGCUUAGCAUGCUAAGCGAGUCUGAGCAAAUUGUGACUGCCGAUAGUGUUCCCCUCUCAUUAGGAAUUUGUACAGAAGAGGAUCAUUUCGAGGCUAUUAUUUCAAAGGGGGCUCUUCUUCCGGCAACAGGAACAAAAGAAUUCACCACUGCACAGGACAAUCAGGUGAAGGUCAGGAUUCGUGUUGCUCAGGGUGGAUUGGAAAGCUUUAAGGAUAACAUUUAUAUUGGAGAUAUUGAAUUGGAUCUUCCUGGAAAUCAGCCUCGUGGUGUUCCAAGAAUUGCUGUCACAUUAGAAAUCGACACCCACGGAAAGAUCUAUGUGAAGGCUGUGGAUUUGCAAAAUGAUAAAACAGCAGAUGCAUAUUUCAGUUCAGUCGUUGCUAACAUGACCUCUGAGGAGAUUGAGAGAUUUGAAGAAAGGGUCCAUAGUGAAGAAAACCAAGAACUUGUGAAGAAAAGAGAAGUGGUCAGGAAGCUUGAACAUGCUCUAUCACAGGCCGAAAAUCCAAAAUUCACUGAAGUAAUUCCUGACAAUAUCAAGAAGGAUGCUCUCGAAUAUGUCCAGAAGACAAGGCUCUGGCUUGAAAAGCACAAAGAAAUAGCACCUCGAAUUCAUAUUGAAGAAAAGCUUCAGGAGUUUGAUAAUGGAAUUAAGGAAUUCCUUAGCUCUGCAAAGUCCGGUGAAGAGAAGGAGGUAGGAAGAGAAGAGCUCUAA